GAGAGAGUGAGAGUGUGUGAGAGAGCGAGAGAGAGAGAGAGAGAGAGAGAGAGAGAUUGCAGUUUGCAGUCCUGCACUGUGGAAUUACGGCAAACCAAAAUGUGUUGGGGGCUGAGAAGGAGAAAAAGGAAGGAGGAGAGGCAGGAGAAGCAGUGCUGUAGCCUUCACUGAAACGCAUUUCCCCUCUUUAGAGCUCACUGCCAGAGGAGGGGAGGGGGAGCUGCUUAUUCACCAAAGAACGGCAGCAUUCUAACCAGGGUGUCAUUGCGAUCGCGUUCGUCCGUAUACGUGCGCGCGUGUGUGUGCGUGUGCAAGUGUGUGCACGUGUGUUUGCGUGCGCCGACAUGCUAGGGCUUUGUGCGACGAUACGAAUCACAUCUUUUCUUCUGUUUUCCUCUUUAUUUUCGGAAAAAGGGCAGUUUCGCGGUUUUGCGCAAGAGGGAUUUGACAGGCGGAUGUGACCGCGGCGCGGGCUCUGUGGCACCUUCCCCCGGCGUCGCUGAGCGCUCAGUGUAGCCGUCCUAUUGGUAUUCAGCUGAUGGAGGUGCAUGGGCUCCUUCCCUCCUCAGUCGGGCUGGAAUCACAGUGCUGGGAUUGUGUUUGCCUGUGGAGAGGGAACUAAAAUGGGGCCAGAUUAUCUCGGUCCUUCCUUUCUUACCUGGAGCCACUUCCUGCUCUGCCCAAGGCCAAGCGUACCUACGUGUGCCCACUCUCACGUCCGCUAACGCCCACACAGACGCCCGGGCCUCCUCUUAUCUCUCAGGCCUGCUACUGGAGAUUCCAUCAGCUGGAGCCCAAAUUGGAUCAGUGAGCAGCUAUCUGUCUUCAUACAGAACAAGGACUGGGUCUGGGAUGAAAGAGUUCUAGAGGAACUGGGUUUCAAAUCGCGCAGAUACACACUGAUGCUACUGCCCUGGAAGCAUGAGGGAUGGCUGUUGGGUUGGACCACCAACCGUAAAACUUGGAUUUGAACCUACAGCAGCACGAAGUAUAGGGAAGAACUGGGAGCAGUAGGCCAAAAUAAGCAAUUAAGGCCGAGGCUGGACAAGUCUUUGCACGGCGACAACGAGACGGAACUAAACUGAGGGACGUACAAAGGAGAGAGGUUCUCACAAGGAGACACCACCAUGGGCUUCUCAAAAACGAUCAGAAUUUUCCUCUGGGUGUCUCGGCAAAAUCGGCUGACUUUUUUGACGCAGGCCUUUCCGAGUUUGCGGAUUGGACUGUGAGCAGGGCUGGGAGAGAAAGUUUUGAACGAGAAACAUUUUUUAAACUUUCACACCUCUGCUUCCUUGCCGGUGCGUGAGGGAACUGAAGCAUUGGCGCAGAACCUCGACGCGGAGCAGAGGGCCAGAGCAGCAGAACACAGAGACUGAAGUGAGAAAGCGGUGAGGAGAGCGAGCGAGGCAGGGAGAGAGGGGGGAGAGAGAGGACUUAGCCCGGAGAGCUCGUCUGUUUCACGGCGCUGCUGUGGCAGAAGAGACAGAGGGGAAGGAGUAGGUGAGGGUGGAAGGAAGAGCAGCUCGAUGGCUGGAGGGGACGAAGGGGCCAGAUCCCUGGGCUGGGGGGGUUAACGGUUAGACGCCGAUCCUUUCGGCCGGCGGCGCUAGCGGCGUAGCGUCUCCGCGGCUCCCCGGCCGCGUUGCUGCCGCCCUCGUUAGCCGUAGCCGCCACUGCGUGCUGCUGGAAGCGCGGGUCACCGCAAUAAGGUGAAGAGCUACCGAUUCCCUGCCUCUGUUUCUCUAGCUCCAGCAGGGAUACGCUGAGAGGAGUGAGGGACAGAGAGAGAGAGAGAGAGUGAGAGAGAGAGAGUGAGAGACUGAGGGAACGAGAGAAGGAAGCGGCGAGAAGGGGAACAGGUGCAGCUUCGUUUAUCUUUUUCUUCUCAUUGAGUUUUUUUCUCUCCUCUUCCUCUCAUCUAGAGAGACAUUUUUUUAAUCCAGCUUCAACCGAGAGGGGGGAGGCCUUCAUACAUCAGAGAGAGAGAGGGAGAGAGAGAGAGAGAGAGAGAGAGAAAGGAGGAGAGGCCUUUUUUGGACCGAAUCUGCUUUUUCAUUUAUUUCCCCCCGCUCCACCGUUUCUCCAGCCGCCACAGGCUCUGUCACUCCGUCACCCUCUGUCUCUCCGUCGCGGAAAGAACCAGACGCCAUCCUUCCCUCUCUCUUCUCUCUCUCCCUCUCUCUCCCUCUCUUUGAUAAUUGGAGGCUGUGAUAUUUCCUUUUUUUUCCUAUUUCAAAUCUUUUUUUUUCCAAAAGGAACAGUGCUAUUUUAGAGGUCAACAACAGGGAAUCUGACAUUUUGUCCCUAGUGAACAGUGUACCAUACCCCCCGCCCGUCACAACCACCACCCCAUAAAAGAUAAUUAACCCCCACCCCCACGGCAACCCCAAAGCUGCUGAUCAAAUCCCACACCUUAACCCCUCGCUUGGAUUUUUUUUUAACCUCUUCACUCAACCCUGGCUCUGCUUCCUCUGCUGCUGUGCUGGCCAGCUACUCCAGGGAUCUAUGGAAAACAGCGCCUAGCAUCGUCUGAUUCAUUCCGUGGCGGAACAGGCAGCCAGAAGACCGUUCUCCAUGAGGAGCAGUAGAAGAUGCCGGCUCUGCCAGCGCUGCUGCUGUCGAUUCACUCUGUCUUCCUGUUACUGACCAUGGCCCCGUCCUCUCACAGCCAGGCCCCCGUGCUGUCCUCUGUCAGAAUGGCGGCAAUCCUGGACGACCAGUCGGUGUGUGGGCGGGGGGAGCGGCUGGCCCUAGCGCUGGCCAGGGAGAACAUCAACAGCAUUAUGGAGGGCCCGGUCAGGGCCCGCGUGGAGGUGGACAUCUUUGAGCUGCAGAGAGACUCCCAGUACGAGACCACCGACACCAUGUGUCAGAUUCUACCGAAGGGUGUAGUCUCUGUUAUUGGCCCUGCUUCAAGCCCGGCCUCGGGUUCCACUGUCAGCCACAUAUGUGGGGAGAAGGAGAUUCCUCAUGUGAAAAUCGGCCCUGAGGAGACCCCGCGGCUCCCGUACCUGCGUUUCGCGUCCGUCAGCUUGUACCCUAGCAACGAGGACCUCAGCCUCGCCAUCGGGGCCAUUCUGCGUUCCUUCGGAAACCCGACCACGAGUCUGGUGUGCGCUAAGGCCGAAUGCCUGCUGCGAUUGGAGGAGCUGGUGCGGCGCUUCCUCAUCUCCAGGGAGACGCUGUCCAUCAGGAUGCUGGACGACAGCUUGGACCCCACCCCUUUGCUAAAGGAGAUCCGCGAUGACAAGGUGGCCACCAUCAUUAUUGAUGCCAACGCCUCCAUCUCUUACCUCAUCCUCAAAAAGGCAUCAGAACUGGGGAUGACAUCGACAUUUUACAAGUAUAUCCUCACUACUAUGGACUUCCCCCUUCUCAGGUUAGAUGACAUUGUGGACGAGCAGUCCAACAUCGUGGGCUUCUCCAUGUUCAACACCACCCACCCAUUCUACCUGGAGUUCCUCCGAAGUCUGAAUCUGUCCUGGAGGGAGGGAUGUGAUCUUAGCCCCUACCCUGGGCCUGCACUGUCCUCCGCCCUGAUGUUCGACGCGGUGCACGUGGUGGUGGGCGCGGUGAGGGAGCUGAACCGCAGCCAGAAGAUCGGAGUGAAGCCGCUCAGCUGCACCUCGCCCCAGAUCUGGCAGCACGGCACCAGCCUGAUGAACUACCUGCGCAUGGUGGAGUAUGAUGGCUUGACUGGGAGGGUGGAGUUUGACAGCAAAGGCCAGAGGACCAACUACACCCUCCGGAUUCUGGAGAAACACAGGGCGGGACACAAGGAGAUUGGAAUCUGGUACUCUAACAACACUCUGGCUAUGAACUCAACCUCCCUGGAUAUAAACGCGUCCGAGACACUGGCCAACAAGACGCUCAUCGUCACCACCAUAUUGGAGAACCCUUACGUGAUGCGCAAGGACAACUACCAAGACUUGAAGGGCAACGACCAGUACGAGGGCUUCUGCGUGGACAUGCUGAGGGAGCUGGCCGACAUCCUCAAGUUCUCCUUCCGGAUCAAGCUGGUGGACGACGGGCUGUACGGGGCCCCGGAGCCCAACGGGUCCUGGACGGGGAUGGUGGGGGAGCUCAUUAACAGGAAAGCAGACCUGGCGGUGGCGGGGUUCACCAUCACUUCAGAGAGAGAGAAAGUCAUCGACUUCUCCAAGCCCUUCAUGUCCCUGGGUAUAAGCAUUCUCUACCGGGUCCAGCUGGGGCGGAAGCCAGGUUAUUUCUCUUUCCUGGAUCCAUUCUCCCCAGCUGUGUGGCUUUUCAUGUUGCUGGCCUACCUGACUGUCAGCUGUGUCCUUUUCCUGGCUGCCAGGAUGAGCCCCUACGAGUGGUACAACCCGCACCCCUGCCUGCGGGAGCGCAAGGACAUGCUGGAGAACCAGUACACCCUGGGGAACAGCCUGUGGUUCCCCAUCGGGGGCUUCAUGCAGCAGGGCUCCGAGAUCAUGCCCCGUGCCCUCUCCACCCGCUGCGUGAGCGGCGUCUGGUGGGCGUUCACCCUGAUCAUUAUCUCAUCCUACACGGCCAACCUGGCCGCCUUCCUGACCGUGCAGAGAAUGGAGGUGCCCAUCGAGUCGCCGGAUGACCUGGCGGACCAGACCAACAUCCAAUACGGCACCAUACACGGGGGGAGCACCAUGACCUUCUUCAUGAACUCGCGGUACCAGACCUACCAGCGCAUGUGGAACUACAUGCACUCCAAGCAGCCCAGCGUGUUUGUGAAGAGCACGGAGGAGGGCAUCGCCCGCGUGCUCAACUCCAAGUACGCCUUCCUGCUGGAGAGCACCAUGAACGAGUACCACCGCCGGCUCAACUGCAACCUCACCCAGAUCGGCGGCCUGCUGGACACCAAGGGCUACGGCAUCGGCAUGCCGCUGGGCUCUCCGUUCAGAGACGAGAUCACGCUGGCCAUCCUGCAGCUCCAGGAGAACAACCGCCUGGAGAUCCUGAAGCGCCGCUGGUGGGAGGGGGGGCAGUGCCCCAAAGAGGAGGACCACCGGGCCAAGGGUCUGGGAAUGGAGAAUAUCGGGGGCAUAUUUGUGGUGCUGAUCUGCGGCCUGAUCAUUGCCGUGUUUGUGGCCGUCAUGGAGUUUGUGUGGUCCACGCGGAGGUCGGCCGAGACGGACGAGGUGUCCGUGUGCCAGGAGAUGCUGACGGAGUUCUGCAACGCCAUCUCCUGUAAGAAGACCUCUCGCUCCCGGAGACGACGGCCCCUGUCGGGCCCCGGGGGGCCCCGCCACCCCACGCGCCUCACUCUGGGGGCCCCGCGCCCGCUGCGCCUCGUCCGGGAGAUGCGUCUGAGCAACGGCAAGCUUUACAGCGGAUCGGGGCCCCUGACGGGGGCCGCCGGGGGCGGGGGAGGCCCCUCAGACCUGGGCCCGGGGCCACAGCGCCUGCUGGAGGACCCGCUCGGGGCCAACACCACCCCGCCGCCCUCUCUGGCCCCCUCGGUGCCCCCCCGCAGCUGCGCCCACGUCCGCAUCUGCCAGGAGUGCCGGAGAAUACAGAGCCUGCGCCCUUCCUCCUGCAGGAUGACCCCCCCGUCCUCCUCCCUCAUCCCUGCCCGCCUCCCCCCACCCCCUCCCCCCUCAGCCUCCAACACGGACAGCGAGGGGGGCGGGGGCCCCAGCCCCCGCCGGCGAAAACUGACGCCCCCGCCGCGCCCUCUCCCUCCCGCAAAGACCAGUACAGACCUCCUGGGGGAAUAGAACUGGGGGAGGGGGGCAGAGGACACGGGCAGAGGACAGUCGUUGCUGGGGGGGGGGGCGUGGGGGUACUGCUUGGCCCCAGUUUAUUUUGGAGGAGGAGCCCAGGGGUUGGACAGGAGGGAAAUCUAUAGGAGGGCGGGACCAGGCUGUGGUGUUUCAGAGACUUUUAAACCUGCAUAUUCUUCAGCAAGGCAUUGAGGGGCUCUGACAAACAGUGUGUGAAGAUUUAACCUUUCAGAACCUGACCCACUCCCCCUUGGCCACACCCUUUGCUCCUCUCCCCCACACAGUUUGGCAGCGAGCUGGAGCAGGCUGCCAACUGAACACCACGGUGCAUCUCCUAAAUCAUGCGUGACAUGGUACCACUUCAGACAAGGAGGCUCCGACCCCUGUGUGCACUGCAGCUGUUCCCUGUGCUGAACAGAAACGCCCCGUUGGGCUUUCCGGUGCCGUUCCGGCUGGGAUAGGACCUACUUUAGAACUGGCGUGGAUGCUGUCACUCGGUGUUAUUUUCACUCUCGUCUUUUCAAGUGAACUAGAACUUCUUCCUGGUGGACUCAAAGGACCACAGAGACUCUGCGCGCAGGUAGAGCGGUCUGUUCGCUCCCGAGCGUAAAAACCAUGGAUAAGGCGGGAGCACAUUUCCCUACAGGAAGACCCGAAGGGGGGGUCACACACCUGAAAAAAAAAAAAAGAGAAAAGAUAAUCUGGGCUGGAUGCUGUCUCUUUCUUUGUUUCCUUAUUUCUUUUCGGACAGUUUCCUGUAGACUCGGAGUGGCUGGUGUGAGGGCGGACACAGACACUUGGUCCGUUUGUGGUGUAUGUUUCCCUCCACUCUGUUGGUACCCGUCGUCCUGCUACAGCGUGAGGUCUGUGAGUCAGAGAGGGGAUUGCCUGAAGCACACUGAUACACAUUAUAUUAGUAUGAUGCAUAAACAAGGAAUUUACAUCAACAAGCUGACUGAAUCAUGCUGUAUUUAGUGGUGGUACAAAAUGUGUGUGUGUGUGUGUGUGUGUGUGUGCGUGUUCUGUUGUUAGAGUUCAAUGGACGAGUUUUCUGAAUUGUUCCGAACAAACUAUCCAGAACAUAAAAUUUUUUUGAUGAAAAUCUACCCAAAAACCAACGAGACUGAUCUUGACUAAAAAGCGAAUGAUUCCAGCUGCUACAAGUGACCUGUAGUUUACUGCAGGUGGUUUUGUUAAAUGUAUGCCUAUUUAUAAUUUAAGUAUGCUAUAAUCCCUUACAAAAAAAGUAAUACAUGUUAUACUCAUAAACCAGAAUUUAUCUACUUCAUAUAUUAGUAAGUGUUUAUUUCUGACUGUGGACCAUUCCUUUGGAAAGCUUUGAUCGUAAUGAUGUCCCUGACCGGAAAAUACUGAACUGUUUUUAAUUCUCUUUAUACUAUGUCUGUCCUGAAGAAUAUUCUGCAACAGUAAAAUUAAUAACCAAUGUGCACUCA